UUUCCUGUUUCUAUUGUAUUACACAUCCAUGGUUUGGCCUCAAAUCAGUAAAUGUGAACUUUUAAGGUGAGAACUUCUGCUGCUGUUGGAUUUGUAGUCGCAUAUAAAAGCCUUGUAAAAGCCUACUGACGUUGCGUCAGCUAGCGAAGCGGAGCAACAUGGCUAACAGCAGCAACAACAACAACUGUGUGGCUUUCCAGAGCAAGCUAACCUCCAUAAUGGAGAUGCUGGCUAAAGCGGCCGUUAUGGAAAUCAGCAAGCUGUGGGAGGAGGGUUUCGCUGUGGUUCAGGUGGAGCUGCUUCGGAGAGAGAGCGAAAUUAAAGCCCUGAACAGAAAGCUCAUAUCAAUGGAAAACGAGCGUUUAACGGCUCUUUCUCAAGCAGCAAAGUCGUCAUCUUUACCAAGGAGAGAGCAGCAAAAUAAUCUGCCGCCACCUGCCGGUGAAGGGCUUUCAAUAGAAUCAGUGCAGACACUUCCUUCAGAUCAGAGCUUUCGAGAUAAAGCAGACUCUUCGGAGAAUAAUGAAGCACUACUACCUGUUCAGAUGGAAGACAAUGAAAGUGCUGCAAAGCAACGCAAGUCGGAUCUCUGUGAAUCCGAAGAUAGAGAUGAUGAGGAAUCUGUAGUGAAGUUGGAAGAGGAUGAUGACAUUGAGAUCGUGGAGCAGGAAGUCGAUUUGAAUCCCAGAAGCAGCGUAGUGGGUCACCAUGAACGACUCCAACAAUGUGCUGAAGCGGCACCAGAACAAGAGACCCAACACUGGGUGUCUGUUUCAGUGGGAGACAGCGACACGGAGGAUGAUUCUGACUGCUUCUUCGAACCAAACCAGCUUUCACACAAUCUGGACUCAGAAAUCUUACUUAUUCAAAACUCUCUGGACAUCUUUGAUAACUCGGCGGAGGUUGCUCAUUCUGAUCGGCUCGCAAGGGCCAGUGGGACUCUUCAAGGUGCUUCAAGUAAAUCCAGCGCUCCCUUGACUUUCAGCCAAUCAACGCCAAGUCAGCAAACAUCACACCAUGCAGAAAGAGAAACAGCUGUUGGGUUCUUUUUAGAAAAACAAUGGCGAACUAAAAACGCGUCAGCUUUCAACCCCGACAGGAGUCUGUUUGCUUUAAAUGAGCCGGAGUUUAACAAAACUGUAGCGAGUCGACGCAUCAAAGAGAAAUGGUACAUCUGCCCUUUCUGCGGUAAAAGCUUCGACCGCAUCAGCCAUCUGCAGAUCCACCAGCGAAUUCACACCGGGGAGAAACCGUACACAUGUGAAAUGUGUGGCAAGAGUUUUUCCCAGAGGAGUAACCUGCGCACUCAUCAACGAACUCACAAGGAGGCUCUUUCUUAAAAUGUUUUAAAUCAAAUACACAGAAGAUAAUAAAAGCUAGAAUUUACUGUAUUUCCAUGAUACUGGAAUAUUGUAGCUAAUUUUUACUGUGGAACUGUUUUACAAUGCCAUUGACAUCUUAGCAUUUGAAGAUAAAUACUAAUUAUUUUAUUGUGAUUGAACAUCCAUCUGUUUUUGUCAUUAAGAAAAACAUUUUGGGGUUACAACUAAUUAUUUUUGUAAUUUAUUUUGACUAUUAAUCAAUUAAUCAAAUAAAAAUAAGUCUAACUUUGAAGAUUUUUAAUUUAACCAGUUAAGCAAAUAUUUUAAAUACAUUAAAAGAUGCAAAUAAUUGAAUUACUUUU